CAAUACAUUUCCUUCAGUUUCCUUUCCUUCUGCCUUAUAAUUUCAUUUUAUAUACGUAUUUUAUUUCCAUCUUGUCACUAUUUGAUUUGGAAGGUAACUAUUAACUGAAGUCAUAACGUAAUAACAUCAUUAUCUAUUUAGAUACUUCCUUUCAAACAGUAAACAAUUAUAAGUUGUGAUAAAUACAUUAGUAGGUAUACAUACAUAGUGAGUUCGAACGGCCUGCCAGCACAGUCACAGCUGAUCUAUUGUAUGCGCGACGACGUCAUUACGCAUCGUCGAUGCAGCACUUCUUAUAUUACUUUAAUUGAUUCAUAAUAAUUCGCGUCGAACAACAAAUUAUAACUUUGAACAGAACAUAAAUUAAGAGUAUACAUAAACAAUUUAACCAUGAGUGAUAAAGAGCAGUUAGACAAGCUUCUAAAAAGGCGUAGAACAAUAAAAGCGAAAGUUACUAGCUUUGAAAACUACUUAAAAUUAUUACUCAGUUGUGAAAAAAUAACAGACUUACAACGUAUCGAUUUAGAUGGACGUUUUAGUAAAUUCAUUGAUGUAUACCCAGAGUUUGAUAAAUUACAGACGGAGAUUGAGAUCCUGAGUGACACUCCGGACGUGAUGUUCUCCUACCGCGAGCAACUAGAGGCGCAGUAUCAUACAUUGAUGGCGCAGGCUCGCAUCUUACUGGAGAAGGUGCUGGAGCCUCAGCUUCAAGGAGGGUCUGACCGGUUCCACGAUGCGGAUGCAGAGCCAGUACCGAGUACGUGUCUCUUCUACAACAAAGAAUCAAAUGGCAAUCCUCUUCAAGUGACCUCAAACUGGGCGCACUAGUACUGAUAAAGGAUAAGUCGCUACCACCGCUCCUAUGGUUCCUGGGACGAGUUGUGAACAUUUAUCCGGGCAGCGACGGCAUUACUCGAGUCGCCGAUCUGAAGACUAAGAAAGGAACAGUACGUCGGGCAUUCAACAACAUAUGCCCUCUCCCACUUCAUUGAAGCACUUCAACCCGGGGAGGAUGUUGCGUGUAACCAAACGCACCAGGCGACGACGGGCGGCGAGUGCGGCGAGGGGGGCGCUAAUGUCAAAACUCACUUCUCCACGGCGGCCACCACGACGCCACUUAUUGUUAUAUUUUAAAUUAUAUA